UGCAGACGCACGGGACGGUUGUUUGAUUUCUUUGUUCUGUCUGGAGAGAAUUACUAUAUGGACUUUCAAUUUAGGUGAUUCUCAGUAUACAACUACGUAUUGUAGUUUUGAAAUAUGUCGAAAAGUUAUGGUAAGAAAACGGUUAUCUCUAUAACCAGUGCAGGAUUCACCUGCCUUCUGUUGCUCUUGGUGGUCGCGCAGCAUCAAAGAGUUCUGGUAGAUGAGGUUCCAAAUGAGAGAGAGAUGGGGACGCGCUCACUCCAGAGCAUGGACACUUUGGCUACGGACGGAGUGAAGGCUGUUCAGCAACAGGUCAACUCGGAGGCGCAGGCAAAGAAAGGAUUCUCUGCGUAUUUUUCCAAGUUGACCCGGAGACGGCGAGAGGCGGACAAGCCUGCAGGGUCCGCUCAGUCAGCAACAGAUGCGUCCCCCGCAGAGGACAUCAGUGCAGAUGACAUCUUCAUCGCUGUCAAGACCACAAAGAAGUUCCAUCAGUCUCGACUGAAUCUCCUUCUGGAUACCUGGAUCUCUAGAAACAUGCAGCAGGUAAGCCAACAAUACAACAGUAUUAUCAGAAGAAUAUGAUUCAUUUUAAAUCUUCCAUGAAACAAUCACAUAUUUUCAUUAGGUUUCCUUUAGUAGGCUUAGGCUAGGACAUUUACCAUGCUUUUACAAAAAUAGGCAAUAGACCUAAUAUUCACCCAUAAAAUAUGCUUUACAACAAGCCACCAAUGAGUUGUUCAGUGUUACUGCUGACCCACUCAAACAUCUGCCCCACUCAUAUGUCAGGUGAGAUGUGGGUGAUAACUGUUUGUUCCUGAACUGUCCAUAUUACCCUCUUAAUUAUGCAGAGUUCCUUAGGCUCUGUCACUUUUUAUUCUGCCUUGAGUGAUGCCCCUGAGAAUGUAGGGAGCAGUUUCAGGACUCUGCACCCCCCUCUCUCUGCACCCCCCUCUUUCCCCCCUCUCCUUUAUCCCCCUCUUUUGGGUGUCCCUGUGAAUGCCCUGGUGCAAUGUAUGCCUCACAGCAGCGGCUCCAGUGCUGUCCCCUUUCCAGGGCUAACAAAGCGUCUUUCUGAAGGGGGAAGAAAAGCUUGUCCAGCCUCCUUGUCUCAGCUGCUCCAUGGGAACGUGGGAGCUGUGUCUGGGUCAAGCAGCCAAGGGAUGGGAAAAUGGGGGCUUCGUUAAGGGGAUGCUAGGGACAAAGGGGUGCAUCUAUAGGGAAGUUUGUGCUGGGAGUAGCACGCUGAGUAUGAAAAUGCAGCCCUGAGAACCAAGCGCUUUUAGACUGGUGCACAAAAGCACUCACAGCCAUAGUCGAGAGGAAACAGAGGCUAGUCAAAGUGAUUUCAUCCAGUACCCAGAGUUGUCACGCAUAUUUUUCAAAAGUCAAUUAAAUUCUCCUCGGGCACAAUCGCACAUUCUUUAUCCACCUUCUUUUGAGAGCUCUUCUCUCCAUCCCAAGCCAAACUCCUCUGUUUUGAGUGUUUUGAAUAUGGCAAGGUUAGUCAUAGCAACACUGUCUCUCUUUGUAUGCAGAGGAGGUGGGGUGAGUUGAGUCUGUUGCCAUGAAAAUUGAACUUUGAACACAUAAGAUGCAUCACAUUAUCAAAUACAGUAGCCCAUUCAAAUAACUCCCUCCAUUCCAUAAUGGUCUUUUACUACAGCCGAUACAGGGAAAGUCUACAUCUGGCCUAGUUCUUCAACUAGGACAGGUUAAUGCUCAGGAAGACAGACUGUCAAUAAGGUUUGGGGAGUAGCAGUUUACAUGGCCAUUGAGUGUGCUGUACUUACUGUAGUGGAUGAUGUAAGUUAACCCAUCUCAGAGAGAGAGAGAGUUAACAGCAGGGUUUAAUCAGCCAGCUGGUAGGAGGCAGUGCAGACAUAAAGAACGGCCUGGGCCCACAAUACAAAUGGGAGUUCCUGGAGGAAGGCUGACAGGUGGCCAGUAGUUGGAGAACAAAGGAUGGUUCUAAGGCCAGUCAUAGGAAUCAGGUCAUUCCCAGCACAUAUGGACAUCUGCACCCAGGUUAUAUGAUAAUGCUCAACUGAUGGACACCUGUGGAGCUCCGCUGACUGCAUCCAGUUGAUAAUGUCUGUAGCUGGUAUCUGAAGCUGGGAGAGAUGGGUAAUCAUGGCAUUCUGCCAUCAGGUGAGGCCUGACUAGAACUGUGCACUGGUUCACUGGGCAGAUCAGAGCCCUGAUUCAAUUUCCAGCACAGGAUAUACACGUUUUCGGUUUCCUUAAGCCAACGGGCUUGCUAUCAGAUGUUUACAUGUAAAUAGAGAGGGUAGAUCCAAUCUGUGAUUACCAUGUUGAUAGAAUUGUGCCUGUGGCUUACUGUCUCUGGCAGAAAAAUAUAUCUGAUUUUAGUUUAAUGGUCAGAAGUUUUGAUGUUUUUUAUUACAUAAAAUGAAAGAAGUUAUUGGGGAAAAAACAAUUUGUUUCAGAGAAUAAUUGGUAUAGUGAAAGGCCCAAUUGUUAUUUGUGAGUCAUAAGUUAGUGAGUAAGCAAAAGUACUGUGAUAUAAAAAAAAAUUACAACUCGUUAUUAUGCACGGGUUGUUCAAAUACUAGGCCCUGGUUUCCGGUGUUUCAGCAGAUUUCCCCCCUGGAACAAUGCAGCUUCCCUAGUGAGUGAGCCUCAAAACAAUGAGAGAACAAACUGUGCAGCAACAGAAUUCUCUGGCUUGUAGCACUUUGGGACCUGCAGUACAUAACUAGCUACAAAACACAGGUUUAAAUCUAGCUCUAACCUACACAUCAAUGGGCAUUAUAAGGGUAUUGACUUUGGUUGUGUGCGGACAGGCACCGGCAGUGACAUCAUAGUGGUUUGAUAUGCAUUCCAUUUUUAAUUGAGAUGACAUUAAUUAGCCAGCACUCCCACAAUGAGCGUCUGUACAUCUGGCAGUUUGGAAGAAGACUUGGCUCCAUUGUCGAGUUAAUCAAAUAGCCCUUCACAGUAUGAAGGAAUGAGUCUGUGAAUAUCCAGCUGGUCAGAGAGUGGGAAAGUGUCAUUCUGUGUCUGUAGGUGGCCUGUUCUCUGUCCUGUACUGUAGUCCACACUCCAGUGACUUUAGUGCUGUGCCAAAGGCUAAAGGGAAGGGAGAAAGCGGCAUGGUUGAGUGAGGGGGGGGGGAGGGGGGGGGGGGGGGGGGGGGGGGGAACGGAGAAGGUGGUUGUUGAUGGAGGGAGAUGAGUGGAGGGGAGUGCAGUCCGUACCCUUCCUUCCCGGGGAUCUUGAGACAGCCAGCCAGGCACCAUGCUCUGCUCAGACUGGGCCGUGUCAGGCCUUUCUUUGAUGGGGAGGAGUGCAGCCCCCCCUUAUCCCUCAUCUGCGGUUCAGACAAUCAUUAUAAAAAAAUAUAUAUAUAGAUUUUCCUCACGGGGCAUGACUUGUUAUUUAUGAAACUAUAUGGGGGUAUAUUAAUAAAUGUUCAGUUUGAGUGACUACUUUUCUUUAAUGUUUCAGUUAAGACAAAAGCCAUUUUAGCCCUUUAGAGACUUCUCUUUAGUUAACUGCUGCAGCUGUAUGCAAAUGCCAGCAAACAUAUUUAGAAUUUACCCAGUGGAGGACUUUAACCAGAACGAAAACACCCGGCAUUGUUCUAUUGAAGAGGGCCAGCGUAUGGGGUGGUGAGAGAGGGGAUGGGUAGGAGGGUGAAGUGGGGGUGAAUGACCACACACAGAUUUCGAUUUACUAAUCAGCAGUGAGAUCCCCCCCCCCCUCUCCAUCAGCCCCUCUCGACCCCUUUCUGUCAGUACCCGGGCCGCUCUGGCAGCUGCCUCAGUGAUUAGGCUGUCCAUUCAGCGGGACUUAAAGCAAACAGCGCCAGCCUCUGAUCCCUUUACCAGUGAAACCACCACCCUUCCUUAAACAAACACAGGCCCAGGGCCCCGCAGCAUCCAUCGCACAACAUCUGCUCACAGUUUGUUGUGCAAACCAAUCAGAUAAAGGUUUGGCACCGACGGCAGAUAGUACUGAACUGUAGAAAUGGGAGUGUAGAUAUUAGAAAAGUGAAUGUCUUUGCCUUAUCGCUCUCUGGCAUGAACUCAGCCAGCACCACUGUUGAGAUCCAGAUCUCAGAUGGAUGUUGCUGCUCAGCAGUCAGUGGCGGCAAUCAAUUAGUGGGAGUGUGGGGUUGGUUCAGUUGGGCUAAGUGGGAGCUGCUACCUGGCGUGUUGGGGCACGCGGCGGAGAUAAGGCAGGUGUUGUCUCACCUGAGAGGAAACUGACAACUCAGACACACACAGGGCAUGGGGGCGGGGGCGGGGGCCCUUUCAUCAGCCCUGUUUGACUGACUGACUGGGGGAGGGCUGCCUAGCACCUGCUAAACCCUACCCACCAUAAAACAACUCCUAAUCCCUACCUGCUCUUUUAAGUGUGCCACUGAGGCUGCCUUUUGUUAACUAAACACCAGCCUGCAGUAUUUUAACCUUGACAGCUUUAUUCUUUGGCUGCUAAGAGCUUACUCUGUGCCAUACAGGUGGUGCUGAAAUUAUUGAUAUCUGUAUGAUGGCCGUCAAUGAUAUUUGUAUUUCUAUUCAACAUGUUGGAGCUAGGGAGUGGGUACAGAUCCAGAAUGGAAUUGGGUCAUAAGGGUGUUGGGGGUCAGCGGUGGUGGGGGUUGAGGGGUUAGGUGUGGGGGAAGAUGGUUGCCUCCCUCUUUGUUCUAUGUCUGAGAUGCUUUUGGGGGGCCUGCACAGUUGCCAUGGAGAGAGGGGAACAUUGCACAAGAGGCCUUUAUUAGAGCGUGGCUUGUUUAACUCCAUGUGUUUUCCACAUGCAUAAAAGACUGCUGAUAGAUGGUCAUCACACUGAAUUAGAUGUAUGGUGACCAAGGACAUCAGACAUACUGUAGUUUGGAGUCAAGUUGAUUCUUGUGCCACCACUUGUUCUGUGAUUUCCUGGAUUUCUUCUCCGACAACGUGAGCUGAUGUAUUUUCCAUCUUUGUCUUUUCAGACUUACGUCUUCACAGACGGAGAAGAGGAGGAGCUGAAGAAGAAAAUGGGUGAGUUUGGGAUUUUUCUGAAGCAUUUGAGUUCUAAUUUUAUAUUUAUCUUAACCUGAACAGUAGCUGGGAUUAGUUAACCAUUAAAGGUCCAGAUUUGAUAGUGUGAGAAACCAAGCCACUAUUUUAAUCCCCAUGGAAAUUGUUGCUUUGAGCUCCUGACACUCUUAGUGUCAGAUGGUGUUAAGCUGUGUGAAAAAGGCUCUAACAGCGCUAUAGUUCCAAUUAUUUGCAUUAGCUAGCUAGUAAGGUACUAGUUUGUAACUCACCAUCUCCUCCCUCAUUGUUCCUACAGGGAGUCACGCCAUCAACACCAACUGUUCAGCAGCACACAGCCGCCAAGCUCUAUCCUGCAAGAUGGCUGUGGAGUACGACAAGUUCAUUGAGUCUGGGAAAAAGUAUGAGUCUAUUUAAAGUGAUGAAUUUACCCAGGUUCUAUGUCAUUCUAGAUUUGAUAGUGAUUAUAGUUCUGAUUGAAAUAUUAUAACGCUUUAACAAUGUUUUCCCCUCUUAGGUGGUUUUGUCACGUGGAUGAUGAUAACUACGUUAACAUGAGGACUCUGGUGAAGCUGCUGUCCCACUAUCCCCCACACCCAGGACAUGUACAUUGGCAAGCCCAGCCUGGACCGGCCCAUCGAGGCCACAGAGAGGCUAGGAGACAACAAGAUGGUAGGUGGACUCCUGGCCUGUGACAACUUUCCAAUUGGUUAUUAAAAGUUUGAGAUUCUUCAGAAGGGUUGCAUUACAACAACCUAACAUGCUUUCUGUCUUUUUUUUCUCUUCUCCAGAGACCAGUAAACUUCUGGUUUGCUACUGGGGGAGCCGGCUUCUGUGUGAGUCGAGGUCUGGCUUUGAAGAUGAGCCCAUGGGCCAGUGGCGGCCAUUUUAUGAACACGGCAGAGAAGAUUCGUCUGCCUGAUGACUGCACCAUCGGUUACAUCAUCGAGUCGGUGCUGGGGGUGCCUCUGACCCGCAGCAACCUCUUCCACUCCCACCUGGAGAACCUGCAACAGGUGUCCAGAUCUGAACUUCAUAAACAGGUGAGAUGUGAACGUGUCAGUCCGUCGUUUCACUGUGAGAAUAGAGUUUCAGCAUUUAUCAGAACUUAUUGGGCAGGGUUGCUAAUUUCUUUCCCGUUUUUGCUUAUUCCAGAUCACAUUGAGUUAUGGAAUGUUUGAGAACAAGAGGAACAUCAUCAAUAUGAAAGGGGCUUUCCCUGUGGAGGAGGACCCAUCAAGGUGAGACAUUACCCUCUGCAUGACUACUAAUACAGAAAUGGAGAUCCUACUCUACUUGAACUAUCUUGGUGGUCCUCUGUAGCUCAGCUGGUAGAGCACGGCGCUUGUAACGCCAAGGUAGUGGGUUCGAUCCCCGGGACCACCCAUACACAAAAAAAUGUAUGCACGCAUGACUGUAAGUCGCUUUGGAUAAAAGCGUCUGCUAAAUGGCAUAUUAUAUUAUUAUUAUAUCUUGACUGUAAAGAGGGUAUAUAUUUUUUCUCUGUUAAUCUAACCUCCAUGUCUCUCUCUCAACUUGUGUUCCAGGUUUAAGUCUGUGCACUGUUUGCUGUACCCAGACACCGCCUGGUGCCCACCUCAGGUUGCCUACUAGGUGACCGGCUCCUUUGGUAUCCUCGUCCCUGCCGUGCCUCGGUAUCUGAAAGGCUGGUGGGGACCCGUGUUUGGUAUUGGACUGUGAUGUCACUGUAUUUUUGUUGCAGUGGCACACGGACUCUGAUAGUUUUUCUGGGCUGCUGUGCGGCCCGCCUAGGGACAUUUCCUUCCUGUGUGGUAUCUUGGCUUCCUCCCUGGCAUAGGGGCAGAGGAGCCAGGCAGGCACUUAGUGGGAAUGAGCUUUCAGCAUUAUGGCUUUGCAGGCAAUCAGAUGUGCUUUGUGUUUUAAAUGUUGCUUGUAAAUGUAUUUGCAAUUCUUAUAGAAUGUACUACUUAUAUAUCCAAGCCUUUUGCCAGCUUUACAUGAUUAAUUUGUUGAAUUUCCAUUGAACUGUUUGCCUUAUUGUUCAAUUCCUUUUUGUUUCUUCUGGGUUUUGGAAGCCAUUCAAGGCAAUCCUUUUAGGUUCUAUAGAAAUAAUCAGACGGUCAGAAUUUCUGAGAUUGUGGAGGAAAUGGUUUUCAUUUUGGGCUUUUUGGUUGUAGUUCAUUUCAGAAGACUCCGGACAAAAACAAUAAUAUGAAGAUAUUUUGGUGCUUUUUGUUAAUGAUU